UGGAAAAUGUUAAAAGCCCGCAAUCUACUUCUGGUGCCACACCGAUGGAAAGGUGGCAAAACCCGAUGGUCAAUACAACAGAAAAAGAAAAACAACACCGACCGAGCAUUGGAAAAUUUCGAUGAUUUCUAUGGUUCUGUAUUUGGGGUACGAUGGAGAAAUAUAAGAGCGGCAUUGUUGACUGAAAACAAAUACAUUGCCAUGGUUAAUAAUUUUGGAGACAAUGAGAAGACCUGCAGUCGUAUGGAAAUGGAUGGAGCAAUAAAUGUCAAAGCUUUGGUUGAAUUGGCCAAGGAAAGGCAAAGUGGAACACAACAGCUGGACAAUAAUAGAAAUCAAAAUUCUCAAGUCGAAAAUAAAAUGGAUGCCUUUGCAAAGAAACAAAAAGAUAAAGAAAUACAUUCGCUGUACCCUGAAAAUGCUCUGGAAAUACAAGUACCAGAAACCCUCGAAUACAACUCAACAGCAGCGGCCUCAGAAUCAGAAUCUUCUGCGGAACAAAACAAAGAAACGCCCCUAAGAAAUAUAACACAAGCUUCUGUCAGCAUUGAUCAUUCACGUAUUGUAGAUCCGGAUCAUGGUACCGGGGCUCUAUAUGAUUUUAUACCCGCCUCAAGUAUCAAAGGCAUGGAAGAUUGGAUACCCGAAUCAGAUCAUUAUAAAUACUAUCAAACCAAUGCCGAUUUUCCAUUACAAUUUGAAUUGGAACAAGAUUUUGUAUUUCCCGAAAAUCUAGCCUUGUAUACAUAUGAAAUGGGAAAUUGUUCUGAGUUUCGGCCACCAAAUAAAUGUUUAACAGGUGUCUUGUCCCAUUAUCUCAUGGAUGGUGCUUCAAUUCUACCACCUCUAUUGUUAAAUGUCAAACCCGGGGAACGGGUCCUAGAUGCCUGUGCAGCUCCGGGAGGAAAAUCACUGCUAAUGCUUCAAACUUUAUAUCCCGAACAAUUGGUGUGUAAUGAUGUUAUGGAAUCGCGUGUUAAUCGUAUACGUAAAGUUAUGAAGGAGUAUUUGUUUGAUUUUGAUGAACGUUGGCUGGGCCAACAACGUCUGGUAUUGAAUCAAUGUGAUGCCCGCAAUCUGGAUGAUUAUGGUAGUUAUGAUAAGAUAUUAGUGGAUGUGCCAUGUACAAAUGAUCGACAUUCUCUAAUGGAAAAUGAUAAUAACAUUUUCAAGCCAACACGUGUCAAAGAAAGGCUUAGAAUACCCGAGCUGCAGGCAGGCAUAUUGGCAAAUUGUUUACGCCUUCUAAAGCCAGGUGGUAGUUUAAUGUAUUCCACCUGUUCACUGUCACCGGUACAAAAUGAUGGUGUUGUCCACAUGGCCUUGCAGAAGGCCUUCAACGAAGACGGCCUCACAUUUGUGGUUAAAGAUUUAAGUUAUAUAACACAGCUGUUUAGUGAUAUUUAUCGUUUUGAAUAUCCAAAAAGUCUUAAAUAUGGACAAAUGGUUUUGCCAUAUUUGCCAGCAAAUUUUGGACCAAUGUAUUUUAGUAAAAUCACAAGAACUGAAUAAAACUUCAAUUGUUAAUUAAAAA